AUGUCCCAAGGUCACAUCCGACAGAGUGGCUUAGUAUUUAUUGUUAGUAAACUCAGCUUCAUGCAUACUGAAAGCUCAUCGCCAACAAGUUCGAGCCUCUCCCAGAAGGAAACGUCACCUGGGUCGGCACUAUGCAAUGCCUCAAAUAAAAAAGAUCUCGAAGACGAAGAUGAGAAGAAUCUUUGCAAUCAAAAUUCGUUGCCUCCUAUCGAUGGCGGCUUUCAAGCAUGGAUGUUUUUGGCUGCAUCCACGAUGGUAGAAGCUCUUGUGUGGGGCUUCGCAUUUUCUUUUGGUGUAUUUGAAAGUUAUUAUCGGGACAACGACCAGAUCAAAGGCUCCAGUAUGGUGGCUGUUAUUGGGACAUGUGCUACUGUAAGGACCAAUAGCCCAUCUUUGUGA